AUGUCAAUACCAGCCAUAGCACAGGGGAAGCUUGCGCGCAGGAAUGACGGGACAAAUGCCAAUCAGCAGAUCCCCGCCAACAAGAUCCUGGUUAGCUGGGAAGAAUUCCAGACAAUCCUUGAGAAGGCCUUGUUGUCAGUUCGUGCUAAAGAUGUGGAGUAUGACGCAGGGAGGAACCGGCGCGCGUUGCCUCGGCUGCUCCUCCCCCGGGUUGUUGAAAGAUUGGCUGAGGUGCUCAGAUGUGACGCGACAUCUCUGGUUGUGGUCCCUUUCGAGGAUGGAAUCUUUCACACUGCCUGCGGAGAAGACUGCCAGAGCAUGGUCAAGAUGUCACGCCAUCAGUUCGCCCCAGAUGCUCAAGGGGACAGCCUCCACACGAAGCACAAAGUGACACACAGUCCAUUUCGGGUGAGAAGCUUGCGCAACGCCAAGGGACUGGUCGAGCUCGAGCCCUAUUUGGUGGACGGCGGCCGCGUGGCGGUGCAGACUCUGGACGGAGGCAAGAUGAAGGUGUUCUAUCCGUACGCGCGCACCACAGAAGACCUCGCCUUUCUCGAGAAGACUCUCUCCCGACCCAAGAAGGAGAAGCCAAUCAAGGUUUCUACUGAGAGCGCCUUCCUCGAAGGUCUCUGCUGGCAGUGCCGUGAGCCGUACGACAGUCUGAAGAAGUGCGCCAACUGCAGGAAGGCCCGGUACUGCUCGAGAGUCUGCCAAAAGAAGGCGUGGGCACAGGGCCACAGUCUCAACUGCGAAGAGCGGCGGCUGUACUGGGAGCGCGCAAAGCUGCGCCGCCCGCACACCACAAAGAAAGCGGUGGCUGCGAAGGAAAGUCCAUGCCGGAAAUAA